AUGAUGAAUCAUUAGUAAUAGUAUGAAUAAUAUCACUACGAUGAAAGAGAUAUGUAUUUGGAAGACAACACCCCUGAAAUUGUUAAAUAAAUGAUUCAAAAUCCUCCUAAAUACAACUAAAAAAUCUCAAUUGAAGACUUCAAUUUAGUUAAGGUUAUAGGCAAAGGAUCUUAUGCUAAAGUUGUCCUUGUGAAGAAGAAAGAAGACGGAAAGGUUUAUGCUAUUAAGAUAUUAAAGAAAUCUUACAUCGAGUAAAAGAAGCAAGUAGAACAUAUUAAAACAGAAAGAAAUAUUUUGGUCGAUGCAGACCAUCCAUUCAUUAUUAAGUUGCAUUACUCAUUCUAGAAUGAAAGAAAACUCUUUUUUGUUCUUGACUAUUGUUAAGGUGGUGAACUCUUCAACUUACUUUGCAGAAAAAGAAGAUUUAGUGAACAAGACACAAAAUUCUACUGUACUCAAAUUGUCCUUGCUCUAGAGUACUUGCACUAAAAGGAUAUUAUUUAUAGAGAUUUAAAGCCAGAAAAUGUUCUCAUUGAUAGACAAGGAUACCUGAAAAUUACAGAUUUUGGUUUGUCUAAGAGAAAUAUUAAGGAUUAAAAAAACCAGUCAAUAUGUGGCACUCCCGAAUAUUUAGCUCCUGAAGUAUUAGCAAAGGUUGGACACGGAAAGCCUGUAGAUUGGUGGACUUUAGGAUGUUUAAUGUAUGAAUUCUUAACAGGAUUCCCUCCAUUCUACACUGAGGACAGAAAGAGUUUAUUCGAGCUAAUUAAGAAUAAUCCAUACCCUGAAUUACCAAAAGAAAUUGUUAUUUCUUAAUAAUGCAAAGAUAUUAUUACCAAAUUACUUGAAAAAGAUCCUAAUUAGCGUUUAGGCCACUUAGGAGCUUAAGAAGUUAAGCAACAUCCUUUCUUUAUGGAUGUAAAUUGGUAAGCAAUUAUCAGAAAGGAAGUUAAAGCUCCUUUCAUUCCUAAAGUUAAAAAUGAAGAAGAUACUUCAAAUAUAGACCCUGAGUUUACACAAAUGGAUAUAUCAUCAUUACAAAACGGAGGAACAUUAACAGAACCUUCUAACAUCAACUAUCAUGGUUUCUCUUACUAAAAACCCUUGUGA